AUGACGCUUCUGGACGCGUAUCUUGAGCAAAUAUCGCUUUGCUCGGCCUCUAUUGCUGAACUACCGUAUCGAGCCCUUUUCUCUGUUCCUCCGCCGCCAGCAGCCCCCAAACAUGCGGAACCCGCUCCUUCGACCAACAGGCGCAACACUAUCUUCAACCCUAAUGGAGGAGGUGGUACUAGCAUAUCCGGAGGCGGCGCCAAUGCAGUAAGAGCGCCUAGACGUAACACAGCCGUCGCCGCAGUCUUGGGCAAUGAGCUUGUAGAAAGGAUACGGAGAGGUGGAGGAGGAGGUGCGGGUUCAGGCUUGGGUUACAGAAUGUACAACCCCAACAACAAGAACGAAAUAGACGUCGAGUCACUGUUGGAAGGAGCCGAGAAGCUUCUUGGUGUUUAUCCAAUCCCAGGUGUGCACGACAAGAUUGCAACCUUGCGCCAAAGAUACGCUCAAGUCGCAGCAUCGGUGCAAUACUACGAAGAGCGGCUAGCAGAGCAGCAGGUCCAGCUCGAACAGCUGAAUCGAUCACGAGAGGACUACAUAGAUGAGGCUGACGAGACCCAAUAUGAGCCUGAGCCAGUUGCGCCUUUGACUGAGGAAGACUUGCGACGAGAAGAAGAGGAAGCACGCCAGCUAGAGAAGAAGAAAAAGGAGCUUGAAGCCCGUCUCCGGGCCAAUGUCCACGCCUUCGCUGACACUGUUCUAUCUAAGGCUCCGACCUAUUACUCCCACCUUACCACACAGACAGAGCGCUUUCAAUCCACUCUUCCCAUAUAUCAGACCGCCGUAUCUGCAGGUCUUAUCAAGGGCCAAAUUCCCGUACCCCUAGGCGGCACUUCUGCUGGACUCGUCGACGCAGCCAUUGUGAUAGAAGAGCUCCAUGCUGUAGAGCCAAGUACCGCAAUCACCAUCUUGGGUACUGGACUGGGUCUUACGCCUUUGAUUCUAGCCGGAAGCAAGGAGCAACAUGAGAAAUUCCUUGCACCAUUCUUGGAACAGACGGGAGAGAGGCUCGCAAGCUUUGUACAUAGUGAGCCUCAGGGAACCGCUAAUUGGCUGGAGAAAGGAGCACCAGGCUUGCAGACUACAGCGUAUCUAGAGGGAGAAGAAUGGAUAAUCAAUGGAGAAAAGCUAUGGACAACAAACUCUGGCGGCUGGGACCAGCGAGGAGCCGACCUCCAAUGCAUCGUUUGCCGACAAGGAAAACCUGAUGUCCCCCAAGACUCCGCUUCAGACCCCAUUUCGAACAUCCUCAUCCUCCUGGUUACCCGCUCUGAUAUUGCCUCUAACAACCCCUCCGCCUACCAAGUCCUCGCCGACCCCUCGCUCGGGGGUCACAAAUCCGUCAAUGGGCCCCACUCCCGCUUCACCAACUUCCGAGUCCCUGCCGCCAAUGUCCUCGCCAAACCGGGAGAGGGCGCCCAAGUAGUCGAACAGACGUUUGGCAUGUCUGCAGCUAUUGUCGGCGCAAUGUGCGUUGGCGUCAUGCGUCACGCAUUCGAAGCUGCGCUCACCUUUUGCAAAAAGGAAAACCGAGGCGGGAAGAUUCCUGUGCUGGAACAUCAAAGUGUGAGUGAUAGGCUGAUUGAUGCCAAGAUGAAGAUUGAGGCUGCUCGUGUAUUGGUGUGGAAGGCCAUGUGCGUGCUGGAAAGUAAAGAGGAGAAGGUGGGUUGGCAGGCGAGAUUGGAAGUUGCUCUUGAAGCGAAGAUUUGGUGUAGUGAGCAGGUCACUCAGGUGGUGCUGGGGUGUAUGAGCGUUGUGGGAAUGAAAUCCUAUGCAGAAGAUAUGCCAUUUUCGAAGAUUUUACAGGAUGCAGCGUGUCUUCCGUUGUUUGAUGGUGGAAAUGUCGGGGUCAGAAGACGGCAGCUUGAGAAGAUUUUUCAGGAAGAUGGCUAUCAGCCUUGGGGCGCGACGUAUCCGGAACAAUAG